UUCCCGGUCGCAUAAAACAAACGGAAGCAACCCGACAAUGGAGUACAUCAUCAUCAUCCAACUAUCAAUUUAAUGUUAUUAAUCAACCAAUUUAUUUAAUACGUAUCUAAUCAGUGAGAUUCCAUUUGCUGGUAAGAAUCUCACCAUAUUUUAUACGCAGUUGCUUUGAUCAAUUGAUCAUAUACAUAUCCUCAGUAGCCAUCUAAUAACAUACCCACUCUUUCUCGGAAGUACAGACGGAAAGAAGAUGAACACGAGAGAAGAUAAAAUUGUGACUAGUGAAAACGGAGAAGAAAAUGAUAAGGAGAGUCAUGGAAAAGAAGGUUCAAUUUGUGGUUUUGAUUCUCUUAAUCAACUUCUAAGCUCUUCUCUUAAGCCUCAAGUCUAUCAGGAGGUAACCAGAUUGCUUCAAGGGCUGAAUUAUGGAAAACCACUUGAAUCAGUUGCUCUUCCCGACUCUGCAACUACACUAUCUUCAAACCAUGGUUUUGACUUAAAGGCUUUCACCUUUCAUGCUGGCAAAGAGUUAAUGCGAGAACCUCGAAUUGUACGGGUUGGUCUCAUUCAGAACUCUAUUGCGCUUCCUACAACUCAUCCUUUUCUCGACCAAAAGAGAGCCUUAUUUCAAAAACUCAAACCAAUUAUUGAAGCUGCAGGUGCUUCUGGGGUCAACAUAUUAUGCUUGCAGGAAGCAUGGACAAUGCCUUUUGGAUUUUGUACACGGGAGAAGAGUUGGUGUGAAUUUGCUGAACCUGUGGAUGGGGAAUCAACUCAAUUUCUCAGGGGUUUGGCACAAAAAUAUAAUAUGGUCAUAGUGAGCCCGAUUCUUGAGAGGGACGUGAACCAUGGGGAAACUAUUUGGAACACUGCUGUUAUAAUUGGAAAUCAUGGUAACGUAAUUGGCAAGCAUCGCAAGAAUCACAUUCCAAGAGUUGGAGAUUUCAAUGAGAGCACAUACUAUAUGGAAGGAAACACUGGCCAUCCCGUAUUUGAGACAGCUUAUGGAAGGAUAGCAGUUAAUAUCUGUUACGGAAGGCACCAUCCUCUGAACUGGAUGGGUUUUGGACUAAACGGUGCUGAGAUUGUUUUCAAUCCUUCUGCUACUGUUGGUGAACUCAGUGAGCCUAUGUGGCCUAUCGAGGCUCGUAAUGCUGCGAUAGCCAAUAGUUACUUUGUGGGAUCAAUCAAUCGCGUUGGAACGGAGAUAUUCCCUAAUCCGUUUACUUCAGGCGAUGGGAAGCCUCAACAUACAGAUUUUGGGCACUUCUAUGGAUCCAGUUAUUUUUCUGCACCAGAUGCAUCGUGUACGCCGUCACUCUCACGCCACAGAGAUGGCUUGAUUAUAUCAGACAUGGAUCUGAACUUAUGUAGACAGUACAAAGACAAGUGGGGAUUCCGCAUGACUGCCCGGUAUGACGUGUACGCAGAUAUGCUUGCCCAUUAUGUAAAGCCAGACUUUGCACCUCAAAUCAUUACAGACCCCCUAUUGAAAAAGGUCUAGCUAAGGUUGCACAAAUCAGAUUAAUCAAUAAUCGCUUUUCAGUUUCUCUCUGUAAAUGAAUUCUGGGCCUUCCUUUUAAGUAAGUGAUUGUAAUUGUAAUCCACAAAGAACUGUUAUAACUUUCUCUGAUGCCUAUGUCCACCUGUUGUAAUGCCUAUGUCCACCUGUUGUUAUGAGGUUCGGAUAAGCUCUACAAGUCAUUAUUUGAGGUGUUUCCGUCUCACAUUUUUCUAA